GAUCAGCUGAUACACCAUCUUUCAGUGGACCUCUCGUCAGAAAGAAACCUUUCACAUCUUUACAUCUAUAUCAAAGGGAAGGAGGCAUCAUAUAUAUAUACAUUUAUAUAUUUAUAUAUAUAUAUUUAUAUAUAUAUAUGUAUACAUAUACACAUAUAUACAUAUAUAUCGCAAUGUGAGUCCAAUGUCGGAAGGACAAUCGGAAACGAGGACGAAGGGAACAAAGCAGACAUGAAGGAAUAACCAGUGUCUUCAGUGGAACCAGUUAAGAGAAUAACGCUAAUUGUGUGUGCUUGUCAUCGGUCAGAAGCUAACACUCUUCUACUAACACAAAGAAAGACUUUGACACAAUUACAAGCAGAAAGUAAGCAGGGCGAGAAAACACACACAUCGAGCCUCAAUGUAGGCAAGAUGGCGGUCUCCGUCAAUGUAAACAAAAAGAUUUAGCCGUCAGGAAGGUUAGCUCUGUUGCUAAGCGUUGCGAGAGUGUAUGUUUGUCAAGUAGACAAAAACUAAAUUAAAAUGUAGUUGUAUGAGUAUGGUUGGCAUUUCAAUGUGUACAAUAUUUGUGUUAAAAUGAAGCAUCGUUUGACUGUUCAAGUCACAUUUUCAUAAUAGUAAUAUUACAUGUAUUAUUAUGUAUGAUUUACUCCAAUAAAUAACGGUCGGGGAAGAAGCAUUUAGAGAUUAGGGUCAGCAUGUGAUAAUGGGAAUCGUCUUCAUUCAUGACCUAAUAUCACCCAUUAUUUUUAUUACUGAUGCUACCUGGUAAAUUGAUGCCACCCACUGCACAAGAUGUAUUUUUGAAAUACACAAUUUUUAAUACUAAGCAUAUAUUUGCUGGUUCCCAAUUUGGACUAUCAAGCCUCCCCCGCCCACCUCCCAAAGUUUUGGAUUCUCUGGGAUCUUUGAGGUUAUCUGAAGGAACUGAAGUCUUCUGGACCCCUGAAGAACCCAGACCUGGAUGUCAUGGAACUGAUGUUUGCUGAGUGGGAGGAUGGAGAGAGGUUCUCGUUUGAAGACUCUGACCGCUUUGAAGAAGACUCUCUGUGCUCCUUCAUUUCAGAGGCUGAGAGCCUCUGUCAGAAUUGGAGGGGAUGGAGGAAGCAAUCUGCCGGACCCGCGUCUCCUAUCGUCAAGACUAAAGAUGGUCAAGUGAUUCCAUUGGUGGAGUUGUCAGCGAAACAAGUAGCCUUUCACAUCCCAUUUGAGGUAGUGGAGAAAGUGUACCCUCCUGUGCCAGAACAACUCCAGCUUCGAAUUGCAUACUGGAGCUUUCCUGAAAAUGAGGAAGACAUCAGGUUAUAUUCAUGCCUGGCCAAUGGGAGCCCAGAAGAGUUUCAACGUGGCGAGCAAUUGUACCGAAUCAGAGCUGUCAAAGACCCUCUGCAAAUUGGUUUUCAUCUCAGUGCUACAGUUGUGCCCAGUCAGUCCGGACAGUCGAAAGGAGCCUACAAUGUGGCAGUCAUGUUUGAUCGCUGCCGCAUCACCUCCUGCAGUUGUACAUGUGGUGCUGGGGCCAAAUGGUGUGCUCAUGUGGUGGCCCUUUGUCUCUUCAGGAUCCACAAUGCCGCAGCUGUCUGCUUGCGGGCUCCAGUCUCGGAGUCUUUGUCCAGGCUUCAGAGAGAUCAGCUCCAAAAAUUUGCCCAAUAUCUCAUCAGUGAGCUUCCUCAGCAGAUUCUACCCACAGCCCAACGACUACUUGAUGAGCUGUUAUCUUCUCAGUCUACUGCAAUCAACACUUUAUGUGGAGCUCCAGACCCAACAGCUGGACCCUCAGCCUCCGAUCAGAGCACCUGGUAUUUGGAUGAGUCAACCCUCAGUGACAACAUCAAGAAGACACUGCACAAGUUCUGUGGGCCCUCACCUGUUGUCUUCAGUGAUGUCAAUUCCAUGUAUCUGUCGUCCACUGAGCCACCGGCCGCUGCCGAGUGGGCGUGUCUGCUCAGACCUUUGAGAGGACGGGAGCCGGAAGGCAUCUGGAACCUUUUAUCGAUCGUCAGGGAAAUGUUCAAAAGACGAGACAGCAAUGCUGCUCCACUGCUGGAGAUCCUCACUGAGCAGUGCCUGACGUAUGAACAGAUCAUCAGCUGGUGGUAUAGUGUUCGAACUUCAGCGUCCCACAGUAGUGCCAGUGGACACACCGGACGGAGCAACGGCCAGUCGGAGGUGGCAGCUCAUGCCUGUGCUAGCAUGUGUGAUGAAAUGGUGAUGUUAUGGAAGCUGGCAGUGCUCGACCCCACUGUGAGCCCUUGCAGGCGUCUGGAACUGGCAAGUCAGUUGAAGCAGUGGCACCUUAAAGUUAUCGAGAUAGUGAAGCGCGGGCAACAUCGCAAGUCCUUGGACAAGCUUUUCCUGGGCUUUAAACCCGCCGUAGAGUCCUGUUAUUUCAACUGGCAGGUGGCCUACCCCCUGGAAGGCAUUACAUUCUGCAGUACAGAUAAAAAGACUGCCACUUUUUGCUGGCCUAGGGGAAUGCAGCACCCGAGAGCAGUAAGAACUUCAUUGGGAGGUGUCGGAGACACAUCUGAACCAAGAGGAGCAGAUUUUAAAGGAAGAGAAAGUGGUCAUUCACCUCAGGAAGAAGUCGUAGUGCGACCAAAAGAGACCAUGCUAACCAAAAAGAAGGCCUUUUCAAUGAAUGGUGGAGGAAGUAUGUUGGUUCGUCUGGGAGGGAGCGUGUCACUGUCCCUAGAAGAUGCAGGGGUGAAGUGUUUCUACAAAGGACAAGGUACUUCUUCUGGGGGAAAGUUAAAAUUAAUACAAGGCUGUGGGAAAGGGGGGAUAUUAGGCGGAUGUGGUGGGACCGGACCUGCUAAAAAUGUCAAUGCCAAGCGGAGAACCAGCAGUGAGGAUAGUUCUCUGGAGCCAGACCUCGCUGAACUCAGCCUUGAUGAUGGCUAUAGUCUGGCUUUGGGGGCUGAGGCAAGCAACACAUUAGAAUGCCCCCCCCCAGGACCAGAGAUCUUUUCGCCCCGAAGUCCGCUUCUCCAAGAAUUCUGCAAUAACAGCAACUGUGGUCGGAGCAUGGUAUUGGAAAUGAAGCGUAGUAGCCAAACCUCAGAUGCCUGUCAUGCUGCAGCGCCUGUGACAUCCACUGUACAUUUCACAGAGACCCAAGUGGUGGUAGUUGAUGUUCCUGGUAGACUAGGAGACCCCCAAGAACAGAAGGUGGAGGUGUCAGUCAAGGACAAGGAUGUGAAUUUAGACAAUAGCAACCAGUCGAAUCCUUCCUUUUCUACUAAAGCACCCCAAAGCCAUCUGGAGAAAGAAUGUGACGGAAAAGCAGCAGAUGACGCCGCACAGGUUGCGUGCACAUUAUCUCACCAAGAAGCAGAUGCGCUUGGAGUCAUUGGGUGUGAUGACGACUAUCAGGCCUACUACAUAAGCCCUGCUUCAGAGGAGGGGGGAGAUCGACAGCUGGUUGACAACCAACAAGAGGAGGAGCCAGACAUCUUUGCAGGGAUCAAACCGCUGGAGCAGGAGGGACGUAUGGAUGUGCUGUUUGCAUGUGCUGAGGCCCUCCAUGCUCAUGGAUACAAUAACGAGUCAUGUCGACUGGCUGUGGAUUUAGCUAAUGAGCUUCUAGCUAACCCUCCAGACCUGAAAGUGGAACAGCCACAGACGAAGGGUAAGAAGAGCAAAGUGUCAACAGGUCGUCAGACGCAGGUAGCCACCAACACACUGUCGAAAACAGCCUUCCUCCUCACUGUACUCGGUGAACGACUGGAGCUCCACAAUCUUGCCUUCAGCACUGGCAUGUUCUCCCUGGAACUCCAGAGACCACCAGCGUCCACCAAAGCUUUAGAGGUGAAGCUGGCUUACCAAGAGUCUGAGAUUGUAGCUCUUUUGAAGAAACUUCCUCUGGGCCUUGUGGAAAUGUCAGUUAUCCGAGAGCGAGCUGAGCAGCUCAGGGAUGGAAAUUUCUGUGGUUACAGACCUGUGCUUCCUCUCAUGUUGGCCAGCUUUAUUUUUGAUGUCCUCUGUUCCCCAGUUUGUGCAGUUGUGUCGCCAACUGGCUCCCGCCCACCGAGCCGGAAUCACAACAGUGAAAUGCCUGGAGAUGAAGAGCUUGGCUUUGGAGCUGCAGUUGCUGCACUUGGGAUGAAGACUACAGUCAGUGAAGCAGAACAUCCUUUGCUUUGUGAAGGAACAAGAAGGGUGAAGGGAGAGCUUGCUCUUGCUCUCAUGAUCACAUACAAAGAUGACCAGAGCAAGCUAAAAAAGAUACUUGAUAAAUUGUUGGACAGGGAGAGUCAAACCCACAAACCUCAGACGCUGAGCUCCUUCUACUCCAGCAAGCCUGCAGCUGGAAGCCAACGUAGCCCUUCUAAACACGGCCCCUCCUCUUCUACUGCAACCACUAUGGUGGCUGCUUCUUCUAGCACCUCCUCUGCUGUGGCACUGGCCUGUGAAGACCUGGAUGACUCCAAAUCCGUGCAGAACAGCACAGCGGGCCAAAGCACGUCUGAGUGUGUCUCAGAAGGCAAUCCAAGUGAGCAUCAAAACGAUGAAGGCCCAUUUAAACUUGACACCACAGUGCCGAGCCGAUUGGCGCUGGGAGCACGCUGUGGAUAUAGCCAACGCUGCUGGGGCUCUCCUGUUCGACAGAAGAAGAAACACACUGGCAUGGCGAGUAUUGACAGCAGUGCUCCAGAGACAACGUCAGACAGUUCUCCUACUCUCAGCCGGCGGCCAUUACGAGGUGGCUGGGCAGCAACAUCCUGGGGGCGGGGUCAAGAUAGUGACAGCAUCAGUAGUUCAUCGUCUGAUUCACUGGGAUCCUCCUCUUCCAGUGGAUCUCACCGGGUAGGAGGAGGUGCCAGGGCCAAGAGUACGGACACCAGCAGGUAUAAGGGGCGUCGUCCAGAAUGCCACGUGCCCCAUGUGCCCAACCAACCCUCAGAAGCCGCGGCUCACUUUUACUUUGAGUUAGCCAAGACUGUGUUAAUCAAAGCUGGAGGAAACUCCUCUACCUCCAUUUUCACCCAGCCUUCGGCUAGUGGGGGUCACCAAGGACCCCACAGAAACCUGCAUCUAUGUGCCUUUGAAAUUGGCCUCUAUGCCCUUGGACUCCACAACUUUGUCUCUCCCAACUGGCUGUCCAGAACAUACUCAUCCCAUGUCUCUUGGAUUACUGGUCAAGCUAUGGAAAUUGGCAGUGCUGCCCUCAACAUUUUGGUGGAGUGUUGGGAUGGUCACCUAACACCUCCAGAAGUAGCAUCGUUGGCCGAUCGCGCGUCACGGGCCAGGGAUCCCAACAUGGUCCGUGCUGCUGCAGAAUUGGCUCUGAGCUGCCUGCCUCAUGCACAUGCUCUCAAUCCAAAUGAAAUCCAGAGAGCCUUGGUGCAGUGUAAAGAACAGGACAACACGAUGCUGGAAAAGGCGUGUAUGGCAGUGGAGGAAGCAGCUAAAGGUGGAGGUGUGUACCCUGAGGUCUUGUUUGAGGUUGCUCAUCAGUGGUACUGGUUGUAUGAGCAAUCCUUUGUGGGAGCCUUGAACCAGCAAAGAGAGACUCCUGAGCGCUGUGGAGCCAAUGGAGGUGUUCACAGGAGGCCUGUAGAGUCCAGCUGUGGCGUCUUUGACGGUGUACCUAAUGUGGAGUCAACCGGGGUAGCAGUCACAGGCUCCGUCACAGCAGCGGCGGUUGUACCUGUAAUCUCUGUGGGCUCCACUUUAUACCAGCCCCAGGCUAUGGCCCAUGCCCACAGCCUUCACCCGUAUGCAACCAUCCAAGCCCAUGUACCCACUGUUUGCACCCCGCAAUAUCUGGGACACCCUCUGCAGCACGCACCCAGACCCACUGUCUUUCCUAUAACCGGAGCUGCAUACCCACAGGGCAUGCACCCAGCCUUCAUUGGUGCACAGUUCCCAUUUUCAGUGGCCACGGGUCCCCAGCCUUCCAUAGCAGCCACUGCUGUGACCUUCCCUGCCAUCCCUGUACCAGCCAUGACGCAGAUUUCCUAUCCCUACCACCCUGAGACCAGUCUACCAAUCAGCACCACUGUCGCAGGUCAGAACUGUCUGUCUGCUUUGUUUAAUCCAACUCCUGUGUUAACAACUAAAUACAUCUGUCAAAUAUUUGUAGUUGGCAGUAUCCAUGCUGGUUCCACCAUCCAGGCCAUUCAGGGAUCCUCUUUAACCUGCCUUUCCUCCCAGCCCAGUCCACUAAUCAGCACUCCUUUCCCAGUAGAGGAGGAGCCACACAGCCAGCCAAUCAGUCAACAGGGUCUGCACUAUCUCCAUUCUGCCUAUAGAGUUGGUAUGCUAGCGUUGGAGAUGCUGGGAAGGAGAGCUCACAAUGAUCACCCUAACAACUUUUCCCGAAGCCCACCCUACACCGAAGACGUGAAAUGGUUACUGGGGCUCGCUGCGAGGCUUGGAGUCAACUACGUGUACCAAUUCUGCGUGGGAGCAGCUAAAGGUGUCCUGAGCCCAUUUGUCCUACAGGAGAUCAUCGUGGAGGCUCUUCAGAGGCUCAAUCCUGCUCACUUCCACGCCCACCUCAGAACACCUGCCUUCCACCAGCUGGUUCAGCGCUGUCAACAGUCCUACCUACAGUACAUCCAUCACAGGCUCAUCCACUUAACACCUGCGGACUAUGAUGACUUUGUCAACAUCAUCCGCAGCGCCAGAGGUGCUUUCUGCCUCACGCCGGUGGGCGUUAUGCAGUUUAACGAUGUGCUUCAGAACCUGAAGAGAGGCAAACAGACUAAGGAGCUAUGGCAGCGUAUUUCUCUGGAGAUGGCCACCUUCUCUCCUUGAACAUUUGGAACUCAGAGGAAUCCAUCCAAACACAUUCCCACACAUCCUUCUCUCCCACCCGGCGAUGUGAACUCUGCAAACACAGCACACAUGUGCAUCAGUUCCAGCAAGAAUUUUUCUUGUCCUAGUCCUCCGGGCCCUCAUCUCACAUGGCCGUCAUUGUCGUCAGUCUUUAACUGUAAUUUUGUGUAAUUGUGACUUUUUUUUUCUUCUUUCUGUUCCUGAUAAAAAGAGCACAUUGAAUUUGGGGACUCUUGCUGUAAUUCCAAUGUAUUUUGUUUGGAAGAAAACCACUUUAUCUGUCACGUUUUGCAACUGUGUGACGAUAUCUUUCGGCAAGUUCUUAAGAAAAGAUGUAAAGAGAAAACAGAAGGUCGGUGAGUACAUGACAUAUUAUUGUUGUCAGCAUAGGUGAGGAUGUAGGACAAUAGAACGUGUGUAGAAUGCAAAAAGAAUGUUAUUAUCAUGGCGGUCUUGUUGUAUGGAUAAAUAUUUACAUUGAACUCAGCUUUGCAUUACCGUAAAGAGAGCCAGUUACCAACCACUAUAAGCAAGAUGACUUGUUUUCAGUAGGUUGUUGGCAUAUCCGUAGGUGUAUCUGUGAAGAUUAUGAUUAUUUCCUUGACACAUAUAAAUAUAUUAUGGUUUAGGAUAUUUUGUCCAAAAAUGUUGAAUAAAAAAAAACAGCAGACAAUAAUUGUUUUACUUUGUUAAGCCCAACUGUUUGCUUUUCGAAAAGGGUUUUCAAUAUUACUUUUUUUUAAAUCACAUAAUUCAUUAACUCUUAGGUGUCCAGGGUAAGAGUUCCACUAUUGUGUACUGUUAUUCACUUCACUUUUAUAUUUCACCUUAAAAAUAUUUUAGUUGGUUACUUUUUUCUAGUACUACCUUACACUUACUUUUUGGACAUAGUUUAUUAACAAAUUAGGCCUAAAAAUCAUCAAAGGGUGAUUUUUAUUUUUAUUUUUUUUUACAGUUAAGUACAUUUAUCUUAAGUAUAUUUAACUGUAAAACUAUAAAUGUUAAAGGGCUGUGUUUGACUAAAGCUUUUCAUUGUCAAAUCUGAUCUGUUGGAUUUUUGGGCUAAAUAAUUUUUGUAUGCUAGCAUAUAUGCUACAUGAAUGCUAUGCUAUGCGUGUAGCAAGAGCACGGCUAAUUGGGUUACCCACAAAUAAAGAGAUCUAAUUUGUGAAUUUCUACACCUUUGAAACGAUAGAAACACUCAGAUAAACAAAUAAUAGUCCAACUUGAGUAUCUAGAGUGGGCGUCAUUUUGAUAUUUUUAAUUUUCAAA